GUAGACGUUCCUGGAAAAGCAAGGAGGGAUCUUCUCACAGUUAAUAUAUUUCCUUGGGGCUGAAGAAAUUCAUACUUUAAAAUUGGAUAUUUGGGCUGAUGACACUGAAAAACAAAAGGAAGACAAAAAAUGUUUUACAACGUAGAAGAUGUUGAUGAAGAAAGGAAAUGGUUAUUAGAUUUAUUGUUGGAGAAAUCUGAUGCGGAUUUUGGGAAUGCCUUUUGCUAUUCGUCUUCAUCGAGAUUGGCUAUUUAG